GGAGUCAUCAAUCCAAACCAUUGCAUUGAAGAAUGGAUAGAUGAUCGAGUCUCUGUAAUUUUAUAUGAGCGCUUUUUCAACUGGGAAAUCAUGGCGGGCAAUUAUCUGGUAAAAAAUUCCAACUUUGGAAUGAAGUUUCUCAACGAAUGGGCUAAUUCCGAAUUUCAUUUGCCCUAUUCUUUCCACGGUAACGAUCAAGGACCUUUGAUGAUGCUUCUUCUGAAACUUCUGGUUCCUGGAAGCAGUGUUGAAUAUAGCGCUUGUGAGAAAUAUUGGAAGAAAGCUACAGACGUUAAUACAUACCUGGCUAUGGUUUAUUGUGUGAGGCAGGCAUUGGGAGUGACAAAAAUUUGGCCCGACAAAGUGCGUAUAUUUCGCAAGUUUCAUGCCUUUGCUCGCGAUGAUUUUACCAAUGGACGUUGGUGCGAUGCAGAUUUUAUGUUUCACGGAUGGAAAAGAGUUGAGCGGAAUCAAAUUUUUGAGGAGAAUAUCGAUUUGAACCUGUGCGAUCAAGGCAUGAAAGCAUGGAAAUGGAAAAAUAAGAAUAUAAGCGUGCAAGAACUACGGUAUGCCAUACAAAUCGCAGAGAAAUUUUUUCGGGCUGCGUUCCCAAAAGAAGCCGAGAUCCAUCCCUUUCUGGACAAUUUCAACAUAUCUCAUUGUUACCCUGACUGUGACAAAUUUGACCUUCAUCUCUAAAGCUGUGUUCAUGCGAUAUCUCGAUGGUGACGACUAUGCCAGCUGAUAUACUUUGCUGCUUGACGCCCUAUAUAUAUGCAAGGCGUCCCAAAAGUAAAGACACAUUUUUGACUUUUGACACACAACUUUCUUCCCAU